AUGUAUUCCAAAUCCAAUUAUGCUCCUUUUCAAACACCAACAGCUGGAGGAGGAGGAGCACCAAUAAUUGGAAUAAUUCCAAUUACACAUUGGAACAAAUUACGGCCAAUACAACAUUUGAACCAGAACCAGUUACGGCCAAUACAGGGAUUGAAAGAAGGAUGGUUUGAUGGAGGAAGCAUUGCUUUUGCAUUUAUGCUCGUCAUUGUAGUUACAGCUGUCAGUGAUUAUCGACAAUCUUUGCAGUUUCAGAACUUGAAUGCAGAAAAACAAAAUAUACAAUUGGAGGCCAUGAGAGGUGGUAGAACAAUAAAAAUAUCGAUAUUUGAAAUUGUUGUUAGUGAUGUACUGCCCCUUAAAAUAGGAGAUCAGGUUCCUGCUGACGGAGUUUUAAUUACUGGUCACUCACUUGCCAUUGAUGAAUCCAGUAUGACUGGGGAAAGCAAGAUUGUUCACAAGGAUCAAAAAGCACCAUUUUUAAUGUCAGGUUGCAAAGUAGCAGAUGGAGUUGGUUCUAUGCUGGUAACUAGUGUUGGUAUAAAUACUGAGUGGGGAUUGUUGAUGGCAACUAUCUCAGAAGAUACCGGAGAAGAGACUCCCUUACAGGUACGAUUGAAUGGAGUAGCAACUUUUAUUGGUAUUGUUGGGCUUACUGUAGCUGCAGCUGUUCUUACAGUCCUCUUGGGAAGAUAUUUUUCUGGCCACACGAAAGAUUUAACUGGAAAAGUGCAAUUUGUUGCGGGAGAGACUAAAAUCAGUGACGCUGUUGACGCAUGCAUCAAAAUUUUUACCAUUGCAGUAACAAUUGUGGUUGUUGCAGUGCCAGAAGGUCUACCUUUAGCAGUUACCUUAACCCUGGCAUACUCGAUGCGGAAGAUGAUGGCAGACAAAGCCUUGGUGCGAAGGCUGUCAGCUUGCGAAACUAUGGGUUCUGCUACGACAAUCUGCAGUGAUAAAACUGGAACCUUGACCUUAAACCAGAGUGAAAAUAGAGACUUGUGGUGA